AACGAUGCGUCAGGCCCAUGAGGGGACGACAUAAAAUAGGCGAAUCAACUUCUCCAUUAAACUUGCAAGCGCUGGAAGGAAGUUCUUCCUGAAUCCACAGUUCGCCUGCACCUUCACGUCCUCUCAAAAUGAGUUUGGAGUCCUCCGGCGUAUUCAAGGACCAUAAACAUGCAGGGGUUUCUGUGUCAACUAAGGAUGUUGACACUGGUGCUCAGCUCGUCGCUGGUUUAACCUCCAUUCUUGAUCCCGAUGAGGCUUUGAGAAUAAGGAAGAAGAUCGAUAAACAUAUCAUGCCCUUGAUGUGUGCUCUCUACUGGGUCCAAUUCAUGGACAAGACAACCUUGGGUUCUGCGGCCAUCCUUGGAAUUCAGGAGGCCACGCAUCUGACUACGAAUGAGUACAAUUGGCUUGGCACAGUGUUCUAUCUCAGUUAUCUUGUCUUCGAGUACCCCCAGAACCUUGCCCUUCAAAGAUUCCCGGUCGGGAAAUGGAUGAGUAUCAAUAUCUUCGUCUGGGGAGUUGCACUUGCAUGUCAUGCAGCAUGCAAAAACUUUGCUGGGCUUCUUGUUGUGCGCCUGUUGCUAGGCGUAUGUGAGGGGUCGAUCACUGCCGGAUUCUUGAUUGUUAGCUCCAUGUUCUACACUCGAACGGAACAGACCCUACGGGUUGGUUAUUGGUUUCUCAUGAAUGGCACUGCACAAAUCAUCUCUGGUUUCAUCAGCUUUGGUGCUUUGCACAUCAAUACCAAAGGCUUUCAACCGUGGCAAUGGCUCAUGAUCAUCACUGGAUUAAUUACAUUCAUUCUUGCCAUUUUAUUCUGGUUCUUAUUCCCCGACUCGCCUACUAACGCCUGGUUCCUCACUCCUGACGAGCGGGCGAAAGCUGUGCAGCGCAUUAAGGAAAACCAAACGGGGGUGGAAAACAAACACUUCAAGAUGGAGCAGAUGAUUGAAGCCUUGACCGACCCCAAGACAUGGCUCUUCGCCCUCUUCUCGGCUUUGGACAAUGUGCCUAACUCACUGACAAACCAGCAGACGCUCAUCCUCGCUUCGUUCGGAUUUAGCGCUCUACAGACGACUCUAUUGUCCUGUGUUCCUGGUAUCAUUGAAAUAUUGGCAAUCUUUACUGGUGUUCGGCUCGCUGCACGACGGCCCAAUUCCAGAGCAUAUGUUGGUGCCAUUUACUUCGUCCCAGCGUGGUUGGGUAUCUUGUUAGUCAACCUGCUUCCUUGGUCGAAUCGGACUGGACUUCUGAUUGGCCAGUACCUGACUGGGGUCAGUGUGCCUGGAUUCGUCCUGUCGUUGUCGUGGCUUAAUAGUGUGACUGCUGGUCAUACGAAGAAGGUUGUUACUAACGCCAUCAUGCUCUCGGCAUACUGCAUUGGCAACUCAGCUGGCCCCUUCAUGUGGAAAACACAAUACAAGCCGCGUAACCACGUCCCAUGGGCUGUAAUUGGCGCAUGUUAUGUCGUCUGUCCGGUACUUCUCCUUAUCAUCCGUGCCGUUCUCGUCCGAGAGAACAAGAUCCGUGAUGCCGAGCCUGUUGACGAUGAAGAAGAAUACGUGAUCGAGAGAAUCACUGAGGAUGGAAAGCGUGUAGAAAUUAAGGUCGACAAGGAAUUCCUGGAUUUGACAGAUAGGCAAAACAGGGACUUCAGAUACGUUUUGUAGCAUUAAGCAUGCAUAAUCUCUUUGCACAUUCAUUGUUAGGGAUCUUAUUCGUGUCACCAAUUCAUCAUACUCAUUGAUAACAGGACCUAGGUGGUAUCAUGACAUUGUGCACUUAUUACAUGUCAAUUACAAGAAACUGCACCCAAUAGCCUGAGCUUGACCUCAGGAAUAAUAGUAUAUACCUCGCGCCUCAAAGCUCAA